AUGCCGCGUGCUAGAAGGCCCGGAGCUCCCGAGCCCAAGCGGAGAUCACGCAAAGGAUGCUGGCCCUGUAAGGCUCGGAAGAUCAAAUGUGGGGAGGAAAAACCGUCUUGCCUGAAUUGUCAAGGCCAAAAUGAACCAUGCGACUACAGCCUCCGCUUGAACUGGGGCGGAAGGGCGAGAAGAAGGUCCUCAGUCGACUCCCCAGGCUCCCAGUCCGGUAGCCUUUCUUUCUCGUUUCCUUUAUCACCUCUGGAUCUCUCACAGGAAUAUUCGGCCGGCGCUGUCCGACGGUUCAAGCCCAGUGGGUUGGAGGAGAACACUGCACAGGAUGUACCUGCGAGCGCGUUGCUCUGGGAGGCUGGACACGCAGGGGGGAUAAGUAUAGGAAGAGCGUACCCUGGCAGGUUACAUGAUAUCCAAGAUUCUGCGACUGUCCCUGACCAGUCUCUUAAUCAACCCACUUGUACAGCCGAUAGACCUCCAGUAGAUAUGGACCUGUCGCGAGAGGGCGUGCCUGACAACCCGGUUCCGAAUUCAUUUGGUGCUCCUCAUUACCACGCGCCCCUCAAUACCGGCUCUAGCAUCUCUGCGUUGCUCAACUUCAAUUUGCCCUCCGGUCCCGUUUCCCAACCAAUAUCCUUCAUUCGGCCAUCAAUAGACGCGCCUGGAUACACCGUUAACCAGUCGUCGGGCCUGCCUGACUACCAGAACCUCUCUGGUUCACCUCCGGUUGAUGUGGGCCCUACAGGGGUUUCCGAUAGCCCUUCGGAUUCCCAUGGAACUCUUUCGCCUCGCUCACUUGACACAAGUGUGUUCACGUCUAGCACUCCUGGGGACCAGAAAGACUCUCCAGAUAUGUUUCUACCUGGCUUUAUUGACGGACGUCCUGGCACUGCACCCGAUAGGGCAAAACAUGCCAGGUCAGAUUCUUUCUGUGCACGGUUGCGUAAUAGUCGGGUUACAUUUGAUGAGUACCGCAGCCUUACAAACUCCGAGAAAUGGCACGCCUAUCUCACUAGUGUAACUGAUCACUAUGGUAUGGACUGUGGCCGUCCGGACAUGGACUUGGGGAAUAAUGAUGAUCACUCAGCGAUCAAUGUCAAUGACGCGCUCGGCACUCUUCAGUCAAAGACGAGCAAAGUGUCCAGCCCGGAGACUACCCAAACGGAAAACGGGCACGACAGGACGAGUGGCUACAAGUACGACUAUUAUGCGUCGCCUGUGGCCAUUAAUAUCCCAAGAUAUUUGUCGCCGCUUCCGCCAUCUCUAAUACAUGUACCCAUCAACCUGAUGUAUUUUCAUCAUUUUCUCAACCACACUGCAAGAGUGCUGGUUACGCAUGACUGUGGAGACAACCCUUUCAGUUCUGUUCUACCCUCCAUGGCAAUCGGCGAUUCGAAUCUUCUCAAUUUGAUGCUAGCAUACUCGGCAAGCCACCGGGCAAGGUUCCUGGGCCACUCUGAGCCUGCUAAUCGGAUUGCCCACUGGGUGAGAAAUGUUUUCCCCUCCUUGCGCUUGGCUCUGGAGAACGCGCAAGAGAAAAUUACCGACAGUCAUCUCGCGACUGCCAUUAUGCUGCUUUCAUUGGAGAUAGUCUCUCCGAGCACUUUCGAGGUCCCGAUACCCUGGCAAAAUCAUCUCAAAUUGGCUCGUGACCUAUUCCUAGCACGCAAAAGCCAGAUUGCUUAUCCUGGAAAUCGUGUUGGAGCAUUUCUUACCCGCUGGCUUGGUUACCUUGAUAUAUUGGGCUCGCUGUCAUGCCGACGCCACUUGCCGCCUCUAUUGGAGUACUACUCAGUUUUGAAUACGUGCACUAUAGUUGAGGAUUGGGAUGAAUUUGCGAUUGACUGUAUGACCGGGUUUACUCCCCGCACUGGCCUUUUCUUGAUGCAGCUCGGAGGACUAGUGCACCAUUGCGACAAUGAGAGGUUUGACGACAUGGAAGAGUUCCUGCCCAACUGGCAACCAUCUCCGGAUACAGUUCGCCGAGCUGAAGCAUUGAUAUCUGAUUGGGAAACACUCGAUGCGCAUGCACAUGCGUACGAAAAACACUACCAAGACUGCGAAUCCUCAGAUAUCAUCUCUAUUGACCGUGCGUUUCGAUAUGCCGGCUUAGUCCACCUCCAUCGCCGAGUGCUUGGUGAUCCUCCCGGCUCGGUCUCGGUGUCGAAAGCCUUGAAUGGUCUGAUGCAGUCAGUAACAGCAAUUCAGUCGGGCUCCGCGAUCGAAGCAGGAGUGCUGUUUCCGAUUUUUACAGCGGGAUGCGAAACGCAGAACCUCGAACAAAGAGCCGAGAUAAAGGAGCGAUUAGAGACCCUGGAGGGAAUUGGAAUGAAACAGAUACAGAAUGCUCGUACGUUGAUGCAGAGAAGCUGGGAUACCAAUUUGCCCUGGAUCGCCUUCGCGCAGGGAGAGUUUAUUGGGUAA